AUGGUAGCGGAGCUGGUUCGGACCUCCCAGCAGGAGGAGGCCUCUUCCAGUCAGGCACCAGGAGGUGCCAAGGGAACAGCCGAGCCCGAAAAGGGCAAAGGCAAAACCGGCCCGAGUGCGGGCCGCCCCGCCUCGGAGUCGGGGAGCCGAACCCCCCGUCGCGGGGAGAAGGGAGCAGGGAAGCCCACCAAGGGCAAGCCUGCCAAGGCAGCUGCGCAGCCCGCGAAGGGCAAGGCAGCACUAGCAAAAGGAGCAGAGCAGCCCGCGAAGGGCAAGCCAGCUCCAGCAGGCAAGUCCGGCAAGGGCAAGCCUGCGACCCAAGAGCCUGAACAGGGUUCUGGGAAAAAGAAGAACCACCGAGGUGGUCGUUCCCAAGCGGCCCGCGCCAACCGCGAGGCCCGCGGCGCCGAAAGGCGCGAAAGAGAGGGUACAGACCCGGUCGUCCUCGUAGAGGGCCCGGGGAUUGAUAUCCCAGAGCCGCGCACGCCGGAGGAAGCUCCUGCAGGUGCCGGCCAGGCCAUUCAGAGCCCAAGCUCUGAAUCCUCCUUGGACACCGCGGCGGUGCCCAAGGCGCCAGUCUUCACAGGCCCCGUGCCUGGCGAGGACACUCCAGACUUCGGGGGAAGCAACUCCGAAGGGGAGCGGGAAACCCCGCCCGCUGCUGCUGCAGCUUCUUCCUCUAGCGGGGUCACCCCUGCUAAGAAGGAAGAGCCGGCAGAGCGGGUUGCCCCGCCUGCCUCCGCAAAGGCUGUCGCAGAGCCAGCCGAGGAGGCAAAACCAGAAGCCUCACCGAAGGCCGCGCCCAAGGCGGCCGAGGCAAAAGAAGAGAGCUCUGGAAGCCCCAGCUCCGAAGCUGGGCAGGAGCAAGCAGUCCCGGCGAGUGGACCCACGGAGGCCACCCCGGAGGCAGAGCCGAAGGCCCUAUCGAGAGGUGCUCCGGCAGCCAAAGCACCGACGGUGAAGGCGCCGCCACCUCACUUGGGACCACCGCCUCCACUGAAGGAGGAACCCAAGGCCGCACAGCCAGGGCCAGCAGAGCCCGAGGCUGCGGUACCUCCCGCGCCUCGGGAGGAAGCUCUGGAGCAGGAGCAAGAGCCCACCUCGCCGGCCGACGAAGGUGAGGAAGAGGAGUCUGAAGAAGAGAGCUCCGAGGGCCAAGGACCGUGCCAGUUCCUGAACGGACUCAGGCACGCGGCUCGCAACAGGCCAGAGACCCCUUGGGAAGGCAACCCGAGGCUGGCAGAGCAGUACGGAGAAGCCCUGGUCUUGCUAGACGAGAUCAGCCAGGCUAUCUUCGACGCCUCAAGAGAUGCUGCGAUUGGCGAGUUGUCGGCCCAGAGACAACAGGGCCUAGCUGCAGCAGCCGCUACGGCGGCAGCCGCCACGGCGGCACCCGCCCCUGCGUCGCAGGCGAGCGGUGGAGGGCACUUGCUCAAGAGCAUGCGGCUCCCAACUUCCCUUAAGGGGAGAGACGACUGGGAGCGCUUUGCCUUUCAGGCAGAGUCUUACCUGGCGGUCGUGGACACCAGGUAUCCAGCAGAGCUGGAAAUAGCUCGAAAGUGCAAGGCGCCACUCCAAAUGGCAGCCAUGACCGAGGAAGUGCGGACCCUUAGCGUCCGCCUCUUCGGCAUGCUGGGCAGCUGGACCCAGGACUCCGCCACAGCUGUAAAGCUGGCGCGCGGAGUGAAGGGCCAAAAUGGGUUCGAGCUCUGGCGUCUCCUGUGGCAGGAGCACAACCCAGAGAACGAGUCCAAGAACCUCACCUGGAGGCGGACCCUGCUGAUGCCGAAGUUCCCGCCAAAGGAGAGUGACUUCUCCUUGGCUCUGCAGGAAUGGGAGGCAGAUGUGGACCGCUACGCCUCCGAGUAUGGCGCAGGGCGCGCCCUAGCAGAUGAAGAUCUGCGGGCAGUGCUGGUGACCGAGAGCCCCACCGCUCUUCGGCAACACCUCGCUAUGCACGCGGCGAGUCUUUCGACUUAUGCCGAGGUGAGGGAAGUGGUGGUGAGCUACUUGCAAGCCAAAAGGGUCUGGACCCCGAGUGCGGGCUACGCCGCCUCCUCCCGAAGGGAUCCUAACGCCAUGGACAUUGGCAGAAUAGGGGACCGAGACGGGAAGGAUGGAAAAGGCAAAGGCGACAAAGGCAAAAAGGGGGACAAAGACCACAAGAAGGGCAAGGGCGACCACAACGACAAAGGCAAGAAAGGGGACAAAAAGGGGAACCAGCAAGGAGGCAGAGACGGCAAAGAGAGAUGCCCCAUCUGCUGGAAAACGGGGCACACCGUAAAAGAGUGCUGGUUCAACGCCAAAGGAAAAGGCAAAGGCACCAAGGGCCAGGUGGCCCAAGUGGCCGACGACGCGGCCACGACGGUGUCAACAGCUUCCUUGGCGACUGCGGGUCCCUCCGCGUCCCAAGUUGGGGGAAGCACCGGCGGCUCUGGCGGCAAGGGCCAGGUGCGCCAGGUGCGCGACGACCGCAUCUUAGGUGUGCGGUUUGCCCCGCCUCACGACACCGAGCCAGAGGAGGACAAAAUCCUCAAGGUGUCGGGGAGUCUUCUUGUGGACUCCGGGGCGUGUGUGUCCGUGUGCAGGCCCGAGGCGUUUCCCGACCUGCAGCCCGCGGGCCCACCAAAGAGCCUUUACUCGGUGGACAACAGCCGCCUGAAAACAAAGGGCCGUGUCCAGCCGAGCCUCCUCUUAGGGGAGGAGCGUCAGUCCUGCAAGGUCAACUUUGAGGUGACCGAGGACAUAGAGGAUGAAAUCCUCAGCAUCAGCCGUGCUGUUGAGGCCGGUGCGGGCAUUUGGCUCCACCGAGAGGACAGCCACAUUUUGUGGCCCGACGGCGUCCGAGCCUCGAUCCUCAAGAGAGGGUCACAGUUCCUCCUACCGGCAGAGCCACCAAACCCAGGCAAGGACCUGGGACACUACGAGUACAUCCCGGAGCACGACCUCGAAGCUCGAGAGGUAGAGGACGCGGCGAUGGAGGCAGCAGCCGACGAAGAGGCCGCAGCUGCUGAAGAGGAGGAAGCUGCGGGAAACCCCGCCCCUCUAGAGGAGCAGGCCGAGCAGCCUAACUCCAGGCCACGCGGCCUAAGGGCACCGCGCAACCCCACGGCGCAGGAACGCGCCGAGCACGAGCUCACUCACACGCCCUACCAGGCGUGGUGCGAGAAGUGCGUGGAGGGAAAGGCACGCGAGGACCCUCACCGCCGCCGUGAGCCCUCGGAUGAUCCGGUGACGCCGCUUGUCACCAUGGAUUAUCAGUUCUACAGCCGGGACGGGAAAGAAGUUGAGGAAGAAGCGUCGCUUGCCACGGUGCUGAACCUCACAGACAGGGCCACUGGCUGGACUCUGUCAGUUCCCGUGGCGCACAAAGGGCACAGACACGCGGCUUACGCCGCAGGGCUUGUGGAGCAGUUCGUGGACCGCCUGGGGUACGACAAGUUCACCCUGCAGGCCGACCAAGAGAACGCUAUAGCCUCUGUGGCCCGUGCGGUCCACCGCCGGCUGGGAGCUGCUAGGGUGCGUCUUCGGGACGCCCCUCGCGGGUCACACCAAAGCCAAGGAUCCGUGGAGGGAAGGAACGCACACCUAGCAGGCGAGGUUCGCACUUGGCUUUCGCAGCUAAGAGCGGACUACCCCGCCUUAGAGUGGGACACUUCGUCCAACCUGUUCCCGUGGCUGGUCAGGCACGUGGCCUGGCUGCAAGCCCGGUUCGGGACCAAGUCGACGGACGGGGUGACACCAUAUCGGGCAGCCAUUGGCACCGACUAUGGUGGAGCACUUUGCUCCUUUGGAGAAACCGUUCUAGCUAAGCUCCCGAGGCCCGGGAACAAAGCGCAGGUGCGCUGGGUCAAAGGGGUCUGGGCCGGCAAGCUGGAGCGCGACGACUCCCACGUGGUGCUAACCGAAGCGGGCGCACUCAACGUGAGGAGCGUCAGGCGACUCCCGCCGGAGACCCGACACCAGACGGCAGCCGUUCUUAAAGCGUGCGGCCUGCCUUGGAACCCUAGAUUUGGCCGCUCAGCGCCAGCAGAGCGCAGCGAGCCGAUGAUGGUUCCAAUCCCUCUGGCCACGCCGGCUGAAGAAACGGAGCGGCUAGAACCGCCCGGUGAGCCCUGGCUCUUCAGCGACGGGCCGCGGCCCGACGACGAGGCCCUCUUAGUCGAAGGGGCCGAGCAGGCCAGCAGGCUCCCGGACGCCAGCCCUACCGAGGAGCUGGCCAACGCAGAAAUACCGGACUACGAGCCGUCCGACGUGGAGGCAGGACCUUCCGCAGCAAGCGCGCUGCCGCAACAAGCGGCAAGCCCCGCCCCAGCCGCCAACGACGGCUCAGGCGAAGGGGGGCAGAAGCGCGACUCUGCGGGUUCCUCCGCGAGCGCAGCGGCAGCACAGCAGCCGCCUGCAGCAAAGAGCCGGGUGGAGCCCAAAAAGGCACCGCGGCUAGGAGCGCUCACAGAGCGCGAGGUGUGGCAGCACAUCGCUGCCUUAGCCGACCCACCGCUCACCAACCACAAGGGCGAGCGGGACGCGUGGGUUGGGCAGGUGACAGACCUGCUAGACCGGAUGCUCGACCCCAAGCAGGUCGAGCAGGCACGCAAGGAGCAGCUAAGAAAGCUGUGGGACCGAGGCGCUUUCACGCCCGUGCUGCGGUCUGAAGUACCGCGCGGGGCGCAACUGUUCAGGGCAAAGUGGGUCGACAAGUGCGACAAAGGGCGGUACAAGUCAAGGUGUACCUGUGCCGACGUCAAGGCCCGCUACAGCCCAGAACAGGAAGCUGGCUUGGACGUUUUCGUCCCAACGCCAACGCCCGAGAGUCACUCCCUACUUGAGGUAGCAGCGCUACACAACGAGGGGUGGGUCACAAGGUCUCUGGAUAUUGUGGCCGCCUUCCUCAUAGGGAGGGACCGCGGUGCGGCGGAAGGCCGCCCGGUCUACAUGCAUGCGCCUGUGGAGUGGCGCGAGCUCUUUGACCAAUGGGUCUUGGAGCAGCCUGCAAAGGACCAGCAGUGGUACCGAGACCACUUCCGGGACUUUGUGUUCCGAGUGGACGGCAACCUCUACGGCCGAAGAACGGCUGGUUCCGUCUACAGGGACGAGCUGGAAGAAGUCCUCACCGGCAAGCUGGCCAAGGACUACGACUUCCAGCGUGGCGUGAAGGACCCGUGCGUGUACCUAGACCGCCGGUCCGGCCUGAUCCUUCUCCACCAUAUCGACGACAUCCGUGUCGCAGGCCCCAAGGCCGCAGUGCUCAAGUUCACGGAGGUGGACCUCCCGACGCACUGUGAGAUAACGGUGGGAGAACUGGAAGAGCCGGGCACAGCGGUGGAGGUCCUGGGAAGGACCAAGGUGCGCACAGAGGACUCUAUCCUCACGCUGCCCGACAGCAAGCACGCAGAGAAUGUGUGCGAGCAGCUGGGCAUCGGUCCAAAAGACAAGGGGACCGUGCCUAGCAAACCUCUAGACCUGACCAAGGUCGAGGAGCUCUCUGCGGGUGACGCCGCGAGGUUCCGCAGCGCCGUGGGUAGCGCUAUCUACCUAUCGGCGGACAGGCGAGACAUACAGUUCGCCGUGAAAGAGCUGGCACGAAGGAUGCAGAACCCCAGGGUCUGCGACUGGCUCGCUGCGGAAACCCUCGCGCGAUACCUGCGGGCAACCCCGCGGUUUGGAAGGGUGGUUGUGCUGGACCCCGCGUCCAAGAGCACAGCCCUUCUGAACUUGGAGGUCUACUCCGACUCCGACUGGGCAGGGUGCCCAGAAACGAGAAGGAGCACAGACAACAUAGUUGCCUGUCUCGGGGGAGCAGUCAUCCAGACAAGCUGCCAGACACAGCCUGGCCUCCCAGCCACCUCCAGCGGAGACGCGGAGAUCCGGGGAGUGUCAAGAGCAGCAAGGGAGGCUGUCUUCCUACGAGAGCUUGCGGAGAAGGACUUUGCCCUAGCCUGCGGCGUGCCGCGGCUCUGGGCAGACUCCGCAGCUUCGAUCGGAGCCGCCAAGCGAAUAGGCCCAGGGUCCAAGCUGAGACACCUGGAAGUCGCGGAAUUCUUUGUCCAAGGCGUGCGGCAAUCCCUGCCCUCCAUGGGCAUGGUGGACCUCGAUGCGGUCGCAGGCGCCACCGAGGCUCUGGCCCAAAAGGGCACGAUCAAGACGAUCCAGGCUAGCCCCUGGAAGAUGAGACCGCCGACCAAGCUCACGAGCUCGGCGCUCAUGGCCACAAUCGUGGCGCUGCAGGUUCGACCUGCCAAGGCCCAAGGGCACGACUUCGCAGAGCUGGUGCUCGGCUUCGCGGCCCUAGGCUUCCUGGCCUUCCUGUGGAUGCUUUGGGGUUUAGUCUCCUGGUUCUGCAGGUGCAGGCGUGACAGGCAGGAGCCGGAGCCCGAGGAUGAGAUCGAGCACCACGCCGAGCGUGCCGAAGAGCCGCCGCGUGCAGCUCAAAGGGCCACUGAGAUCUGGCUAGGGCCAGAAGAAGAAGCGCCAAACCAGGCGCAGCAACGAGGAGGUGGGCAGCAGCCAAGGGGGGCUCAAGAGCCAGAGCCUGAGGGCGACCGGACCCCAGGUCCGCCCCCUGUGGCAGACGCGCCACCACCACCGCCGCCCGCUGCACCAAGAGUGCGGCGCAGGCGUAGGGGACCAGAACCCCUUUCGGGGGACGACGAGCAUCUCUACGAGACAGCCCGCGGUGACAAGAUCCAUUUUUUCACCAACUGCAAUGGGCUGAGCUCCGUCCCGCCGGAUCAAAUCCUGAUCGGCUUUCGCUGCCACUGUGCAGCAGAUCCUCAGAACUCCGAGUUCCUCUGGACCGGGUUCGCCUUUCAAGUGGCCACCGGCCGCGUUGUGCGCCGGUACCACGGCCAACAGCGAGGUUGCCCAUUCAUGGAAGGGGCAACAAUCAGACACAGGGUGUGUCUCCACUGCCGCAACGGGCACCAGAGCACCAAGCCCGGCAGUGCGGUGAACAACUCCCGCCAGUGGGUGCCUCCACCCUAA